CCCCGAUACUCCCCUCCACCGCCUUCCCCCCUCCAUCUCAUCGUCACCAUCACCAUCAUCCUGCUGCAUAUCGCCCCCACCCAAGUCCCGACCUCCCCGCUGGGGCGGUGCUGCUGCAACCAGGGUGGUGGCGCAGCGUUGAGGGGAGCACGGCGGUCGGUCCCCGGCCUACGGUUUCCGGACCGGUGUGCCGCGCUUGCGAGAAGCGCGCUGCCCCCCUCUUCAAGACUCCACCCUUUGUUUCCGCGGCCACGAAUGAGCAUCGGACCUAGCUGAGUUGAGUUGUUGUCAAGGUGCAACAUUACCAUGGUUUGUUUUGGGUCAAAGGCUCUUCGACGGAAGGGUGGCAAACAAAAAGACUUGCUUGAGGGAGAUCUAGAUGAUAGCUUGCCGGUGAGGAGAGGAAGGAAGGAUAAGAGUGAAAAGACUCAAAAAGGGGGUUCUAGGUCAAGCAACAGACCUGCUGCUGAGAAGAAAGCUAAACAUGGGAAGAAAAGGAGUGAGGAUGGCAAGAAGGGUAAAGGGCAUGGGAAGGGACGCCAUUCAGAUGGUUCCAUGGAGAUGAAUCAUGGCCCAAUGAAGAAUGAUAAUGCAUUGCUGCCCUCCAAAGCAUUGAAGCCAGUAACAAAUGUUCUCAGGAAAAAGGUUGAUCCAGAAACUGCAAGGUAUUUUUUGGAGAUUUCUAACCUAUUUGCCAACAAGGAGAUUGAUUUGGAGGAGCGCUCAACUAUAUGUGCCAAUGCCUUGGAAGAAACUAAAGGGAAAGAGCUUGAACUUGCCACUGAUGGUCCAAUAAGCCACACUUUGCAGGUCCUUGUAGAAGGUUGUGAAUUGGAACAGCUAUGUGUGUUCCUUCACAAUUCCAUCGAGUCUUUUCAUAUCAUUGCUGUCGAUAAAUUUGGAUCACACGUGGCUGAAGCAGCUCUCAAGUCUCUAGCAACGCAUCUUGAAGACGAGACCUCCAGGGACAUUAUAGAAGAUAUACUGAAUAGGAUAUGCAAGGUCAUUGCUGCAGAUGCUGCUAAUGUGAUGUCAAGUUGCUAUGGAUCCCAUGUUAUACGAACACUUCUUUGUCUUUGUAAGGGGGUUCCCUUACAGUCAUUGCAAGACUUCCACACCACAAAGAGAUCUGCUGUUCUUGCUGAGCGGUUGAGCUGCGGUUCAAAGCAAUCAGGUGGAAAUGAUCCAAAGAACCAUGGAGUUGGUUUUUCAGACAUUUUUAAGUCAUUUGUUAGAGAGAUGCUGCAAAAUGCAAAACAUGACAUUUCAACUUUACAAACUGACAAGAACAGUAGCCUGGUAUUACAGACCGCACUUAAACUGUCAGCUGGUGAUGAUCAUGAAUUGAAUUAUAUAAUAUCAAUUCUUCUUGGUUUUAAUGAGGAUGGCACUGCCCAUACAAAAGAUUGUAGGGAACAAAAGAAUGAAAUUAUUGCUUUACUUGAAGAUACUGCUUACAGCCAUCUGUUGGAGGUCAUUGUGGAGGUUGCCCCUGAGGAACUGCGCAACAAUAUGCUAACAGGUACUCUUAAGGGUGCAUUAUUUGCGAUCUCAUCUCACCACUGUGGCAAUUAUGUGGUUCAAGCUUUAGUAGCAUCAGCUAAAACCUCAGACCAGAUGGAGCAAAUUUGGGAUGAACUUGGUUCCAGUAUCAAGGAGUUGCUUGAACUAGGAAAGACAGGUGUUGUGGCUUCCAUCUUAGCGGCAUGCCAGAGGCUUGAAACAAAACGCCUUGAGAGUUCCCAAGCUCUUUCUGCAGCAUUAAGUUCAAAUUCUGAAUCCCCUGAUAGCAUUGUUGCACAUAUACUUUUUCUUGAGGGCUACCUCCAGAAGAAAUCUUCUUGGGAAUGGCCUCUUGGUGCAAAAAUGAGUGUCCUGGGUUGUCUGAUGCUGCAAUCAAUUCUGCAAUACCCACAUCAAUAUAUUCGACCAUAUGUUUCUAGCUUGCUGGCAAUGGAUGAUGAUAAGAUCCUUCAAAUUUCCAAGGAUUCAGGGGGUAGCCGUGUUCUUGAGGCUUUUCUAUGUUCUAGUACCACUGCAAAGCGGAAAUUUAAAGUUUUUGCAAAGUUGCAAGGCCAUUAUGGAGAGAUAGCUAUGAAUCCUUCUGGCUCAUUCUUAGUUGAGAAGUGCUUUACUGCCAGUAAUUUUUCUCAUAAAGAGGCCAUUGUGGUUGAGCUUUUGGCCGUGCAAACUGAUCUGUCUAGGACAAAACAUGGAUUCCACUUGUUAAAGAAGUUGGAUGUUGAGAGGUAUUCAAGGCGACCUGAUCAAUGGAGGGCCAGCCAAACUUCGAAAGAAACUACUCACAGAGAAUUUCAAGUGGAGUUUGGCUUGAGCAGUAAAGGUGCUGGGCAGAGCAUUGAAGAACAUCUCUCUUCUCAAAGUCCUGCUAAGAAGAAGCGUAACCAGAAAGACAAGGCUGAUGUAAUUACUGAAGAUGCCGGUACCAACAAGCCACAUUUAUCCCACGUAGGCAAAACCAAGAGGUUGAAGUCCACGGAGGCAACUUCUGAGAAAGCAUCAAGCAACAAGACACUCAUGAGUGAAGAUGCCAGCACCAGCAUGGCAUUCCCGAAGAACUCCGGCAAGAGGAAAGCACCAGGUUUCCUUUCAGACAAAACAAGUUUCAAAAAACAAAAACAUCAUAAACCCAAUGCUGGUAAAUCCGAUGGCAAGAUGUUUGUUCGGGAUAGCUCUAGCACACCAUUUGUCAGGAAUGCUGGCAAACAGAAACAGUCUAUUGCCGAGCUUGCUGAUCUGGCUGGUAAGGAGAAACUGAGUGCAAGCGAAGUGCGCAAACUGCUGAAACCCGAGAUGCCAUGCAAAAGUUAGCAAAUUCAUAUUUUUGUGGGUAGUUGUAGAAAACAUGAUCAUCUGAGCUAGUUUUCCCCUUCUCCUUCAAAGGUGGGGAUGCGCAAUUUUGUUUACUAUUUAUCCUUUUAACUUUUGUUAUGAGCUCUAAGAUUCAAGGAAUAGAGUGUUACUUGGUAACACGGGAAGGCUGAGAUAGUUUUGUUGAAGUGGAGAUUUUUCUGAAAAUUCAGCAAACCAUCAGCAUCGUCUUCGCUGAACAUCUGAAAACAAAUUCGUACCAAUUCCAUAUCAUACCUUUCAGCAACACUUGAUGUGUAUUUUACUAGAAAAGAUGAACAUGUCUCUGAACACUAGCAACCAGUUUAAUCUUCGUCAAAUGUCAAAUUAUAGCUUGUAGGUGUUAGA